GCUUAUUCUCUCAUCAUCAGAAACAAUAUUAGCCAAAUUGAUUUUAGCAACUGAUCGGGUUAUAUUUACUACAUUCGCGGGAUAAACAGACGACGCUAAUAACGUUAAUGAUGUUGUGUGAUCGGUUGUAUAUAGUGUGCAUCUUUAUCUCACCGGGUGUGGUGUGUCUACAGCGUUAACGCUUUUUUUACUGAGUUUGGAGGCUUGCCUUGAACUAGCUUUGGUCGACCGCAGGGCGCAUAACACGGAAGCGGAAGCGAGACAUGUUGCGUUGAGCUGUCAAUUUCAUGUUGUUUACGUCAGAAUUUACUUUGGUUAACAGUUAAAUGUCACGUACGUAGACUAACAUUGACAGUUUACCCGUCAAACACAAGGAUCACGAAGAGAUUUCUCCCGACAUAUCAUGAAGAGCAUUGGAGUUUUAUUCCUGCACGUUUUAACGUUAUUACUCGUACCUCACAUCAGCUGUUGGAACGAUGAUGCUGUGUUACUGCGUGAUGUUCAGGCGCUCACCCUCCACAGAGGUCGCUACACCACAGCACGUCGCUCCAGUCCUGUUCCGCAGCUUCAGUGUGUCGAUGGGUCCGCUGGCUGCGGGGCAUUCGUACCAGAGGUGGUCCAGUGUUACAACAGAGGAUGGGAUGGCAUAGACAUACAGUGGGAAUGUAAAGCCGACAUGGACAACUGGUACAGGUUUGGCCGUGUGGAGGUGUCCUGUGAAGGUUAUAGCAGUCCUAAUGACGAGUAUGUGCUGAGGGGAUCGUGCGGUCUGGAAUACACGCUGGAGCGCACAGCAGAGGGGAAGCAACAGCACAGUCACGACUCCAGGGGCUCAUCUGGUUUUUCAGGCUUUGCCUCUAACUUCUUCCAAGGCUUUUCUAAUCACAAACAACAGCAGAGAGGAGGCCACCAUCAGCCAUCUGAUAACUUUCAAAACAGCCAGUCGGGUGAAGGAGUGGGGGGGCUUAUAGUGGUAGGGAUCCUUCUGCUGUUGGCAUAUGGUGUGUACAAGAUGUUUCUAUGCAGCCCUACUCACGGCCGUCAAGGUUACUACGGCGAUGGCUUUCAAGACUUCGGAGGGGCUUGGGAUAACAGCCAUGGCACAGGACCACCUCCUCCUGGAUUUAAGACAGAUUAUUACGCAGACCAGUCCAGCUCAGGGCCCGGCUAUGGUUUUUCUGAUGAAUACACCAAACCUCAGGGUUCUUGGACUGGUUCCACUUUUGGAAGACGAUCUGGUGGCGGUGGCGGUGGCGGCGGCGGCGGUGGGUUUUGGACUGGAAUGGGAGCAGGUUCACUUCUGGGAUACCUGUUUGGGAACCAGAGACGCCAACCACCGAUGGGACCAUCACACUCCUACAGACCUUCUCCAGCACCACAAACAAGUUCAGGAACACGUACUGCUUCAGGUUUCGGAGGAACUAAAAGAAGAUAAUUAAAGACGAAAGAUGAAUGAUGGAUAUCCACUCUCACAAACUUCACACAUGGGUCAGGAUUGGGACGUUACCUGACAUAUUGAUCUUGAAUAAUUUGUUUCUAUUUUCUUAAACUCAUUUAAGACCCCUGGCCGUCUUCUUAACUAGUAGGCCUGUGGAAUGAUUGAAAAGUGCUGUUUGCUAGACAUUAAGUUGCAUUUUCAUUUUUUAUAACAGAAUUUUCUGUUUUGUGCAAAGCUUUUUUGACUUGAUUGUCUUUAUUUUACUUUAAAAUAGGCUAUACGAUUGUAUAAAUUUCUGGUUUGACAGUUUUGUGGCUUUUUAGUACAGAAAAUUCUGGAUUGUGGCUGUAUGUAACUAAAGCUGUUGACUAUUCAAACUUUCACAUGGUCUUUAAUUCCAGGUCUUUGUAUGGAAUUGAUUUGCUAUUUUUAGAAAAUACUGUAAUUUCGUAAUUGCUGUAAUGUUGACAACAUGACUAAGCAUCUUGUUUGUGAAUAAUGACACAACGACUUGUUGUGAUGAAGGAUUUAGAACACGUUACAGGCUUUUGCAGGUGUGUUGCUGUUUGUAUGAAUUGUGUUGUAAAAUGCACUUGAUUUAAAUUUGGAUGAUUCGAGAUGCACCAAGGCGGCUGAGGAAAAUCUCGGUCACAUAUAUUGAAAAUGUAUAUGACAUAUUUUGUGUACAUGCAAUAUUUUUAAAUGUUAAAUAUACAAGUAUGUGACAUUUGAAUCCUAAACAUUACAUGAAAUAAAGAAAUGCACGUGCACAUAAAACGAUCUUCAUUUGUUUCUAAAC